AAAAUUAAACUAAGACAAGUGCGCGCGCACGUUACCGAAUAGCCAAGCUGCAAUACGCGCCAACGGAUAUCGAGGAAGAGGCGCAGCCGGCGGCGCCUCAUUUCACCUUUAGGGUUUUCCACCGGCCAUCUCCAUUCACACUGACACUAAUACUCGGGGUAGGGAACUGUCAGACCUCGUUAAUUUGGAUCCAUUUAAGCUCCACUUUAACGCAUUGACCUCCAUCUCGCAUUAUUCUCCGAGCAAGAACAGAAGAAAGCUCUGCUAUACGGGAACAGCUUCGGCAUCUGGGGAAGUUGAGAAGUUGAAAUAUUGAUUUAAUGGCGCUACGUUUCGAGAGAAAGAAGUCCUGUUCUUCACAUCACACUUACAUGUUGAUCUGAUGUGUGUAUCGUUGAUCCUCAGCAGCUCUGCCCUGCCCCAUACUUACAAAUUACAGGAUUUUGGGAAGAUUUAAUCGUGCUCGUGCUGCACAACUCACUCUCCCCCACUUUACCUGCCAGACACCUCUGUUUAUGCCAGUAGGAACGCAAGGAACGAUCAAAGGAUUAACAACUCAGCAGCUUGAAGAGAUUGGUUGCCAAAUUAUACUUGGAAAUACAUAUCAUUUGGCACUUCGUCCCACUUCUGAGCUUAUUGAUGAACUGGGAGGUCUCCACAAGUUUAUGAACUGGCCCAGAGCAAUGCUUACUGAUUCUGGCGGGUUUCAAAUGGUUUCAUUGUUACAUUUAGCUGACAUCACCGAAAAAGGUGUUACAUUUCAGUCUCCAGUUGAUGGGAAGCCAAUGCUUUUAACUCCUGAGGAAUCAAUUCAAAUUCAAAACAGAAUAGGAGCAGAUAUUAUUAUGGCUCUUGAUGAUGUAGUAAAAACAACCAUUACAGGUCCAAGAAUUGAGGAGGCCAUGUACCGUACUCUUCGUUGGAUAGACAGAUGCAUAGCAGCACACAAGAAACCUCACGAGCAGAAUUUGUUUGGUAUUGUGCAAGGUGGUUUGGAUCCAGUCCUAAGGGACAUAUGCGUUAGAGGCUUGGUUGACCGAAAUUUACCAGGGUAUGCAAUCGGCGGUCUAGCAGGUGGUGAAGAUAAAGAUUCAUUUUGGCGUGUUGUUGCUCAAUGCACUGCUUCACUGCCUGAGGACAAACCUAGAUAUGUUAUGGGCGUCGGUUAUCCACUGGACAUUGUUGUAUGCAGUGCUUUGGGUGCAGACAUGUAUGACUGUGUUUAUCCAACCCGUACCGCUCGUUUUGGCACAGCACUCAUACCUGAGGGAGUUUUAAAACUAAAACACCAAGCGAUGGCUGAUGAUACCCGUCCCAUUGAUCCUACAUGUGAUUGCAUGGUAUGCAGGAACUAUACUAGGGCCUACAUCCAUUGUCUUGUUACAAAAGAUGCUAUGGGUUCUCAGCUACUCUCAUUUCACAAUUUGUAUUUCAUGAUGAAGCUUAGCAGAGAUCUACAUGCUUCAAUUGUUCGGGGGCAAUUCCCAGAGUUCGUUCGCAAGUUCUUGCUGAGAAUGUUCCCUCAGGGCGAUGUGCCACAAUGGGUCUGCAAUGCGAUGGAGGUCGCCGGUAUUGACAUCUCCUCCUGUUGUGCUCCAUUGUCUUCAUCCAUCGACUAAAACCAAGCCAUUAAAGCCCGAGAUUUGUCAGGUAGGCUUUACCAAGUUAUCAGAAAUAGAAUCAAAAAAUAUAUAUUUUUUGCACGAGUUCACCAAAAUGCAAUGCAGCAUAAAUUUUGUAGGCCAUGGUAUGCUGCUUCAUAACUUCAUUAAUUAGUACAGCAUAUUUGCCUUUUUAUAUUUGUAAAAUUCUUCCAUAAAGUAGCCACAACUAUAAUUAUUAAUUAAACUAGUCAUAAUCCUUCCUAA